AUGUACCGCGGCCCUGCAUACACCGGCCGCUCCAAGGCCACGCCGAGCACCACCUGCCAGAAGUGCCUGAAAAAAGAUAUGCGAAUCCCCGCCCGCUUUCGCCGACCAGAUCCAACUGACACUUCCCUACGUCACUACAGCUACGAGUGCAAAGCCUCUACUCAGGAGCGCCCGUACGUGAGCCGGCCCAGCCGUACCCAACAGCUGUUCAACCCGAAGCUUAAGCCGCAACUCACGAGCGAUGUGCCCAACGACCUGCUCCGAAAGAAGGGCGUCGCAGACGAAACCCUAGCAAAAAAGGCCGACGAGAGGGGCCGCAAGCAUAGCCGCGACGAUGACGACCUGCAGUCCCGCCCGCGGAAGCGCUCCCGUUCUGUAUCAUCCUACUCCUCCUCAUCCGUAUCAACCAUCUCGACGAACCGCUCACCCUCGCGCUCGCCUUCACACCGACAGGAAGCGCCCAAGCGCUCCAAGCACUCACCGGCCGGCGACGACCGCAAGCGUAGGCGUCGCUCCACCACGCGCGAAAGAGCGGAAUACCAGGAGGAGGCGGAGCUCAUUCAGCCCUGGAGAGCGUGGCAGGCCACGAAGUCGAUCAUUCGUGUCUCCCCAGAAUGA